UUACUCCUUAUAGCGAGACGAUUGUAUCUCUUUAGCGUUGGGCGAGCGAGCGAGCAGCAGCGGGAGGUGGGCGGCCGAGACCAUGGAGCAGCUUCCGGACGACGUCCUGGUGCAAGUGAUGCAGUACCUGUCGGUGGACGACGUGCUCGCCUGCCGUCUCGUGUGCAGGAGGUUCGAGGGACCGUCCAUGUUCCGCGAGGUAUGGCACCGUCGCCGGCUCGUCGACGACCAGAGGCCCUGCGUGUGCGCGGCGCUGCGCCUGGCGCCGAGCCUCGAGGCGGUGCUGUGCAGCGGCCACACCUCGGCGUUCCUCGCGACCCACUGCGCCGUAGCCGAGUUGAUUCUGGUCGUGGAGAAGGACAUCCACCCCGACAUGUACGCCCAGGUAGUCCACAACCAGGAGGCGCUCGGACGUCUGAGGCGUGUGGAGGUCCGGUACGCUCCGGGCGCACAGCUUGGGGACCGUGCCGACCCCGACCCGUUGUCGGUGACUUUGGUGCGGUCUUCUUGCCUGGAGUCCCUCGUGUUUCCUAAACACGUGCCUUACGCGCCGAGCCCCAUCCCACACAAGCACAGGCCGGCCAGGUCGUCCUUGAAGAUUUUCAAAUGCUGCCUUAACGAGGUCAACGAAUACUUCGUGGACGCCGUGCUGGCCGGACACGCUCCCACCCUGGAGGAGGUUGACCUUGACGGUGGCUUCCCCUUCGCACUCGGUACGGCUAAGCUGUUGGCCAGCAUGCCCAAACUCGAAAGGUUGAAGUGUGAUAUGAUUAGAGACCUGGAGGCUGUAGCAGCUUGCAAGACCCUCAAGGACAUGACCCUCUGCAUAGCCUCUGACUACUACCCUUACUUUUUAAGUGAGGGCGCGGCGGAAUUCCUUCGCCGGGCCAACCACCUGCACACACUCUCCAUCGACUUCAAUUUCGGCGACAUCGAUUCCGGCGAUCGGAGUCUGUUGUUAGGCGCCUUGGCAUCAUCCGGAGGGUCCCUUGAGCGGCUGUCAGUUGCCCUCCUCGACGAGGACGAGCUGCAGCCCCUGAUCGACAUGCUCCCCCGGCUGCCCGCCCUCCGGCUGUUGAGCAUAUCGGUGGACUGUGAUCUGCUGGACGCCGAGGCGCUGGCGGGCAUCACGCCCGCUACGGCCCCAGCUCUGCGGAGGCUCGAGUUGCUGGAAGCAGGGCCGCAAUUCUGCUGCUGCCUACACGAAUGGCUGCACGACGGCGAUGGGAACGCAGUCAAAAUUCUCGACGCCAACCCUUCGCUCCACAUACACAUAACGGAACCAAUUGCCUGUAAACGCCGCAGGUGCGAUGCAUGUGCACAGGGCUGCCACCGACAAGCAGAGUGGAACGAACGUGGCCGACUUGUCCUCUUUGCGCAUGACCCUGACGAUUGUUCCUCUCCUGAGGACCACACUGCUGACAGCACCUGGACGUGUGUUCAGAUUCGUUCCACCCCUGAUUAAUGUCGAUAGUUUUCUGAUUUCCUAAUAGUUUUCCUUCGCGGUCUCGUGAGACUUGUUAAAUAAUUUAUUGGGCUUUAUAUAUGCUGUGUUAACUUUAUUUCUUAUCUUAAAUAAUAAAAAGAUGUACAAAUUAGUGGUAGAGUAACAACUUCCCUAAAUUAUUGUACUGCAUGUUUGACUGUCGGUUGAUUUUCUCUGGGGUCUGGGGUGUUUAGGGUGAGGCUGUGAUAUGAAGUUAAUGUACUGAAAAGUACACUUAUGUUUAGGCUGUGCUUUGAUUAAAUAUCAUAUGGAUA